AUGCCAUUUGCCGGACAACCCGAGGUUCCAGUUCUAGGAAGUAACGCUUCAGUCUCAUCCGUAGGCAGUGUCGCUCCUUCCGGAUAUGAGGAUAUUCCCUGCAGCCCGGCAUCGUCGACCGCAACCACCAGGACCAAGACCGAGGAUACUGAUGGCCGUGCCCGCACUGACGUGUUGUACUCUGCCAAGCCCGGUAGAGAUGGCAGCUACCGCUGCCCCUUCGUGACUUCAGAAGGAUGUCAGCACAAGGCAACCAAGCUGAAGUGUAAUUAUGACAAGUACAUUGAUUCGCACAUCAAGCCGUUCCGUUGCAAGCACCAGAACUGCAACAACAACCGUUUCUCCUCCACCGCUUGUCUGCUCCGCCACGAGCGUGAGGCCCAUGGACUCCACGGACAUGGAAACAAGCCUUUCCUCUGCGAAUUUAAGGACUGCGACCGUUCAAGCUCGGACAAUGGAUUCCCCAGAGCAUACAACCUACUUGACCAUAUGAAGCGUGUUCACGGAUACCGCCCGGAGAAGGUGGCCAAGACACCCCCAGCCCAGCACGCCGGAAGACUUCCAGGAAAAUCCCAGGACAAGGUGAAAAAGAGAAAGAUCACCGGAGAAGUGCCUCAGCAGAAGAGCUCCGCUGUGAAGAAGGAGACUGCAUCUCCGAGACUUGCGCAGAAGCUCGCUGUUGACCAGCGUAAGCAACAGAUGACUGCCCAGUGGCAGACUCAGGUCAACGAGAUGCAGAGACGUUCUCGCCAGUUCGGAUGA